UAUGAUCAGACAGUCUCAGAUUUUCCAAAUGGAAUAACCGUAGCAUUAGCAUAUGGAUCAGGUGUGUUCAAGCAGCAACAUCAAGCAAUUACAUCGGAUAAUAUGGUUGAUUUCAUAUUCGCUGUACAAGAUCCUUUGCGAUGGCACACGGAUAAUUUAGCUCGAAAUCCAAGUCAUUACUCAUUUUUAAAAUAUUUGGGAACUGAAUUCAUAUGUACAAUACAGGAAUCGUUUGGUGCUAAGGUUUAUUAUAACACUCUGGUUAAACAUAAAGAACGUGUAAUCAAAUAUGGGGUAAUAAGUGUUCGAUCUUUCUGCCAUGAAUUGCAAAAUUGGAAUAAUCUCUAUAUCAGUGGGCGCUUACAGAAACCCGUAUUAUUUAUUAAAGGGAGAGAAGAUCCGGAAAUUGGACCUCUACUAACAUCUAACUUGACAAAUACUUUACGUGUUUCCUUGCUAAUGCUGCCAGAAAACUUUACAGAGGAAUCUUUGUACCUUACGAUUGCCGGUCUAUCAUACUUAGGCGAUUUUCGUAUGACAAUUGGUGAAAAUCGCAAUAAGGUCUACAAUAUUGUCAAGCCGAAUCUACCCCAAUUUCGUAAAUUAUAUUAUCCCAUUUUGCAA